GUUUCUGUGAACAUUCGUGAUCAGUUACUUAAGUUGACAGGUACGACGGUUUAUUAUGCCGAACAAUAUGUAAUGAUGAUAUCCGUUAGUAUUUAAAUAUUAAUUUAUUUCUAGUGGAAUAUAAUUUAACACUUUUAAUUAGAAUUUACUUCAACAUUUUCUUAUUGAUUUUAACAUUGGACUUUAUGGCGAUUUGUAAAAAAAGCGAAGAAUCCACAGGAUUGUUAAACAAUUUUUCUAAAACUAGGGAUUCAAAUGCAUAUGGUUAUACUAAAUACGGGACAAUUAAAAAUCAGAUACAUAUAAGAUCAACUUAUAAACAUUUGUUUCGAUAUGCUAGUAUUAGAGAUGUUAUAUUUAUGUUCAUUGGUCUCAUAUUUGCUAUCAUUCAUGGAUCAAGUUUUCCAAUUCUAGCUUUAGUCUUUGGCCAAAUGACUAACGCAUUUAUUAAACAAUCUUUGAGUUUAAAUCAAUCAAAGAAUUUUUCAUUUUCUUACUUGCCUUCACCUGUUAAUUUAGAUAGAAUACAGAUAAUUAACUUAAAUGUAUCAAAUUCUAUCCCAUUAUAUGAUGAAAAUUUUUCACUACCUAAUGAACAAAACUUUUCUUAUGAUCCAUUUUUUAUGUCAAAAAUUGAAAAACUAACAUCUACCAUAAAUUCUUCAGUGAUGAACUUAGAGUCAAAUAUUAAAGACUUUAUACAACCAAAUAUAUCUGUUGAUGUUGGUUCAUUUAACUCUGAAGAGUUCUAUGAUUCUAUGAAAAAUUUUUCUUAUUACUUCUUAUUGAUUGGUCUUGGAGUAUUUACUACUACAUUUUUACAAAUAUUUUGUUGGGAAAUGGCAUGUGAAAAUCAAAUUAAUCAAUUUUGCAAAAAACUUUUCCGUCAAGUACUUAGAUAUAAUUUUAAUAGUUUAAAUGAUAAAGGAGAGUUAUCUAUACAAUUAACAAACGAUUUAGUGAAAAUACAUGAAGGCAUUGGCAGUAAAUUCAGCAUGAUUAUACAGCAUAGCAGCACAUUUUUUUCGGGUGUUAUUGUGGGAUUUAUUGUGAACUGGAGACUUACUAUUCCUUUAUUAUGUGUUGCUCCAAUUCUUAUUUCAUUAUAUUAUGCAGUAUCUAAGAUUUCAGAAACUACAAUUUUAAGAGAACAUAUCAAAUAUGAAUCAGCUGGAAAAGUAGCUAACGAAGUUUUAAGUAACAUUAAAACUGUUGCUGCAUUUGGUAGAGAAAUUAAGGAAUUAGAAAGGUAUGAAAUGGCUUUAGAAGAAGGACGAAAGUUAGUAAUGAAAAAGUACUUCAUUUUUGCAAUUUUACUAGGAUCUGUAUUUCUAAUCAUAUAUUCUUUACAUGGUAUAUUAUUUUGGUAUGAUUCAAAUUUAAUUAUAGCUGGAAUAUCAACACCUGGAAGUUUAUAUACAGUGUUAUUUAGUGUGAUGGUUGGAGUAUAUUCAAUUGGAAACGUUUUACCAAUUUUUAAUUUAGUUAGCAUUGCUAUUGAUUCAGCAUCUACUGUUUUUGGUAUAAUUGAUUAUAUACCUAAUAUUGAUCCUUACUCUUUGGAAGGAAAGAAAAUCAAAAAAAUAAAAGGAAAAAUAGAGUUCAAGAAUGUUAGUUUCGUAUGUCCAAAAAAUGCAUCAUCUGUAUUAAAUAAUUUAUCGUUAACUAUUGAGUCUAAAAAGACUAUUGCCAUUGUUGGUUCAAAUGAAAGUGGAAAAAAUGUUAUUGCUAGUUUACUGAUGCGUUUUUGUGAUCCUAAAGAAGGCGAAAUUUUAUUAGAUAAUAUUAAUUUAAAAGAAUUAAAUGUUCAUUGGCUACGCAAAAACAUUGGCAUUGUUUCACAAGAACCUGUAUUAUUUAAUGCCUCAAUUUCUGACAAUAUUAGGUAUGGUCAAUCAAAAUGUUCUCAGAGAGAUAUAAUAAAUGCAGCAAUGGCUGCUAAUGCACAUAGUUUCAUUAUAAAACUACCCAAAGGUUAUGAUACAUUAGUUGGAGAUUUAGGCACAGAAUUAUCCAGAGAACAAAAAUAUAAAAUUACUAUUGCUAGAACAUUAAUAAAAAAUCCUAAAAUACUUUUACUGGAUGAAGUUGAUUUACCUACAGAUGGUGAAGAAAUUAUGAAAAAUACAUUAGAAAAGAUAUGGAAGAAUAGGAGUACUAUAAUUUUAACUCAAAAACUUUCAACCUUAAAAAAUAUUGAUGUCAUAUAUGUCCUUCAAGAAGGUAAUGUGGUGGAAAUUGGAACGCACGAUUCUCUUAUAGCUAAAAAUGGAUUUUACUCAUGUUUAUUCAAUAUUCAACCUAAAUUGAGAAAUACUUAUGAUGAAAAAUUAGAAAAACCAAUUAUUCUUGAGCAAAAUGAUAUUUUAGAAUUAACUCAACAAAUAGAACCAAAUCAGCACACAUGUUUAGAAGUUAAUAACAGAGGAAAUAUUAAAGCUCAAGAAAAGUCAACACAUUCAUACAACAAAUCUUUAUCAAUAUAUGAAAACAUUGAAGAACCAGAAAAAGUUUACUCUGUUGAUAACUUUACUAUUGAAGAAUCUGAUGGUUGUAAAAUUAAAGUUACUAAAAAAGUUACCACAAGCAAAAUAAAACGAAUUAUUUAUUCAGAUCAAGGUACUCUGACAGAUAAUGAAAAGAUAUACAUCCGUCAAAGUAGUAUGAAUAGAAAAUAUUCAAAAAUUAAUAAAUAUGAUGACUAUUCACAAUGGGAGUCAUCUGAUUUAGAAGUUCUUAAAGAUGCUUACAAAACAAACAACUUCGCCGAAAAGGAUUGUUCUACAAAAGAAUUUCAAAAUUUAAAUAAUGUGGAAUAUUUUAACUUUUACAAUUGCAUAGGUACAAACUUUUUGUUGAAACUUAAUAGCCCUGAGUGGUCAUGGUUAAUGAUAGGUUUUCUUGGAUGUGCUUUAACUGGAUUAAUAGUGCCAAUUUUUGGAUUUUUAUAUGGACAAAUUUUCGCUACAUUGACACUUGAAGGUGAAUAUUUAUUAGAUGAAGCUGCUUUUUGGUCAAAAAUGUUUAUUGUAUUGGCCAUAAUUUCAGCUAUUGCUUGGUGGUUAAAAACUAUUGGUUUGACAACUGCCUCUGAGAAAUUGAUUAUGCAAAUAAGAAUUAACACUUUUGAAAAUAUCUUACGUCAACCUAUAUAUUGGUUUGAAUUUAAAAACUCUCAUCCUAAUACUUUAAUUAAUAAACUAGCUAAAGAGGCGCCUUUAAUCAAAUCAGUUGCUAGUUUAAGAGUCAGUCAAAUAAUAUCAAUUAUUGUCACUACAUCAGUAGGAUUGAUUAUUUCUUUUGGUUUAGGAUGGAAAAUAUCCAUAGUAUUAGUAUUUGGAGUGCCUCUAAUUAUUAUUUCUAUCAAUAAACAGUUCAUACUAUUGCGAAAAAUUCAAAAGAGAAUUUACAACAAUAACACUAGUAAAAUUGCCAGUGAAAUAAUCGAAAACAUUUACACAAUUCAAUGUUUAGCACAAGAACAAAUGUUUAUUGAUCAAUAUGAAUAUAGUCUCGGGAUUCCAUUUAUUGCAAAAAAAAAAAAAGUAUUUAUAUAUUCACUUGUGUAUGCUUUAUCUUUAGCAAUUAUGUAUGCUAUACAUGCUAUUAUAUUUCGAUAUGGCGCAUAUCUCGUUGUAGUAGAAGAAAUAUCAUCGACUAAUAUUUAUCGAGUUUUCUUUGUUUUAACAUUUUGUGCAUUGUCUGUUGGCCAUACAUCAAUAUAUUUACAAGGUUAUUAUAGAGGAAAAACAGCAGUUAAUCUUAUUUUUCAACUUAUUUUGCGAAAAUCUGAAAUUGAUCCAUUAUCAAAAUCAGGAUUGAAACCAGAAAUCAGGGGUAAAGUACUUCUUAAAGACAUUUGGUUUAUAUAUCCAUCAAAACCAGAUGUAGAAGUUCUAAAAGGACUUAAUUUCACAAUAAAAUCUGGGAAAACAUUAGCAUUAAUUGGGGAUUCUGGAUGUGGUAAAAGUACAGUUUUUUCACUGAUUGAGAGAUUUUAUAAUCCUACAGCAGGAGUAAUUGAAAUAGAUAAUUAUGAUAUACAUGCAUUGAAUUUACAUCAUUUGAGAAACAAUAUUGGAGUUGUUUUUCAAGAAUCAGUGUUAUUUAAUUGCUCAAUAAAAGAUAACAUAUCAUUUGGCAUCAAUGAUAGAAAUGUUUCUAUGAAUGAAAUAAUCGGUGCUGCAAAAAAAGCAAAUAUACACAACUUCAUUUCUUCAUUGGCUCAACGGUAUGAUACUUUAAUUGGAGGAAAAAAUUACCAAUUUUCUGUUUGUCAAAAGCAAUGCAUAGCUAUAGCUAGAGCUCUUUUAAGAAACCCUAAAAUUCUAUUAAUAGAUGAAGCAACAACAGCUUUAGAUACAGAAAGUGAUCAAUUAAUGAUACAUGAAGCAAUAAAUAAAGCUCGUAUUGGCCGAACUUGUAUAAUCAUUUCUUACCGUCUACAUACAAUUAAACUCGCUGACUCGAUAGCUGUCAUUCAAAAUGGGAAAGUUGUAGAAUUAGGUAGUCAUGAAGAAUUAAAAGCUUUAAAAAGUCAUUAUUAUGAGUUGAUCAAAAAACAAGAUGAAUGGAUCAAAGCAUAAUUUUCUAAUGAAAAUUAAAAUAAUAGAAAUGUUAGAGAAUAAAGUUGUGGUAUUAUGUAAAACAUUUAUUUUGAUGUAAUAUAAUAUAUAAAAAUAUA